UGUUACAUCUGAAGUUAGCACACAGAUGAAAAUGUGACAAACCGCGUUUUGAAGGAGAAAAUCUGUUGCUUUGGCAACGCGCUUCGAGAAUGAAAUCACGCGAGACAAGAAUAGUAUCAUCAACAUAGCGGCGUCUGAACGUACUUUAUGCGAUAUGGAUGUUUGGAAUGUUCCUCCUUAAGAAUUAUUAUCGAACGUUGCAAGUCUAGUAACUCUAUCCUCUGGAAAUAGCAACUGCACGGGCGGGGCACUUACUGAAUGCACGUGAGCUCGGACCAUCGGACAUAGUAGUGUACACAUUUAAAUUACAGAGGGUUCCUUAUAUGAGAAGAUUUCGCCACUAAUAAAGGUCUUCAAAGAAGACCAUUUAUGUUCAGAUAGUUCCAUCAAGAGAGCACACAGUAUGAGUGAACUGGGUGCUACGAAGCAAACCAAGAAGACCUCGCGGGGUCGUUUCGCAGACAAAAAUGUCGCCAAGUCAAAGAGUUUACAGACUUUAGAAACAAACAUAGACGAUGUGUUCUCGGCAAAAGGGGAGGGAAACCUUACGCGGGUUCCUUCUGUUCACGAACUACGGGUGUCGAAAUCUCUACAAAAACUGAAUGUUCCGGAUUGGUUUAAAAACUCUAGUGUCUCGCGUAGUGGUAGUACUUUUAGUUUAUAUGGAUCCACACAGCGAAGGGACUCCACAUCUACCAUGUCAUCCAUGGGUUACCCUCCAAGUGUCUCAUCGUCUGCUUGUCAGUCUCCAUUACAGCAAAAUCCUGUCGUCAUCAGAACUCGUGUAACGCCACCUAGUGCCAAAUUCUUCCGUAGUCCUAAGUUACCAAUGACUCCCGAAAGGGCACCCAUUUCCCCAGCUAGUAUAUCUUUACCUAGUGACAAAUUUAGAAACAAAGAGAAACCCAAAGAGUUAAUGCCCAUACCUAUAGUGCCUUUUUCAAAAUUACGACUUAUGUUUGAAAAAAGUACGGACAAGCAGUCUGGUGAAACUUCUCCGGUGAAACCUUCUACAAAUAGCCCUCUUAAUGCUCCUUCUACAACAUCACCUACUUCACCAACCAGACCUAAACAUAUCCCAAUUUCAGAGACCAAAGUUCCCCCGUCGAUUCUCAAAAAGACGACUCCGCUUUCAGUAACGAGUGAAGAGAGAUCUCCAAUGCAGCUAACAGAACAUUUUUCUAAUGGGGAAUUAAACCAUGAGCCAUAUAAACAACGCAAACCGCCUGGAGCGGAUCAUGCCGUUUCUAGUCUGCAAACCAGCGAAAAAGAUAACGUUCAAAAAGACACUACUACAGCACAGAAGGAUCACACGGCCGGUUCCAAUUCUUAUGGUGUUCAACCAAAGAAUGUCAGUGCAAAACCCCCAGUGGCCAGCCGACCAACGCCUGCGCCAAGACAACCGAAGCCAGCAGUAACUCAGUCCCAAAAUAGGAAAGAGACAACUGUUUGAUUUAUGUGGAUGUUUGUUGUGUUCUUUCCUGGAACGAGUGGCCGGUAUAUGGUACUAUUAUAAUAGACCGCUAAUAAGAAAUGUCGAUGGUCUGAGAACGAAAAGGGCCCAAAGGAUUCUUCUGUGGAACAGUUGACUUCUCGGCGUUAUAGGAACUGCAUGUAUACUACUUAGUGAAGGAUUUCGUAAUAAGUGGUUUGGAAUUCUACUUGUGCAUCAUGAAAACUACUUUUUGUAUUUCAGUGACAUUUUUUUCUUAUUGUAUUCAAACAAAAGAAUGCACCCUUAUACCUAGUCUUUGUCAUGUUACAACUGUUUGUCAAUGUGAUAUUUUUUUUCUGCAGUAUUUCAAAGGAAAAAAAUUCCUAACAUUUUUUUUACGUUAUGUUGCCUCGUUUUUGUUGAUAUAAAUGUUUGAAUCGCUGACCCGAUUGAUUACAAGUUUGCUAAUGACGUUUAUAAUUUUUGUAAGCGUGUAUUUUCACCUUGCAUUGUGAAUCUUUUCUGCAAACGACUAGACAUUUUUGAUAAAUAUUAGAGGUUGGGAAAAAUUGACUUUUUAUCACAGAUGACUAUUUUAUUUACCUGGUAUAGACCUAAUGGCGAUAUUUCAAUUUUAUCGCACAUCUGUUGCUUUUAUCAUCCUGCUGGGAAAAUAUUAUUUUAAUCUCCAACAAGAUGGUUAUCAACCCUUACCGUAACGCAGGUAAUGACCGUCGCCAAAGAGUAGCAAUGAAUGACGUGUCUACACCCAGGUCAUUAGGUCAAAACGAAAAAUUCCAAGAGCCUGUAUCAUUCCGCUAGAGCAGAUUAUUUUUCUUUUGAUUAAUGACGUUUGAACUAAAUGAGUGUACAAACCAUAUAUUUUAGAAGGAUAUUUUUUCUCUAACAUAGAAUUAAUUUUUUUGAAUUUUCGGCAAACCAAAUUCAAUUUGAAAAGAAAAAAAAAUUUCUGAAGGCAAACCAAACAAUACGCACUUGGAAGAAUUAUUUUUUAUCGUUCUUUUUUUCACAUUGAUGUUCUGUAAUGAGUUAUUUGGAAUCAAAAUUGGUUAAUUUGCGCCAUCUUACACAAAGAGAAAAAGAACAGAAUUACAUAAAGAGAUUUUACAAAAUAAGACGUAGAUUACAUUGUUCAACAUCAAAUUUAUCUGGCGUGUACAAACUUCCUUUCGCUGGAGAGAGAAAUGUUAAUGUGUAAGCACACCUAUGUUUGUGCCGAUCUGUGUUUGCUGCCGCUUCUGUAUGUAUGUGUAAUGUUGUUCUUCGCCGAAGGUCAACUUUCCUGACAGAUGUAAAGGCCCCCGGGGAGUUCUGUUUCUUUUUAACGCCGGUCGAAAGGUGUACAGAGAGUGGGUAAUGAAAAAGACAAAAGUUCUUAUUUAUUUGAAAAUAGUGAGCAACUUUUAUUUAUUAUUACUGUCAUAUGUUGUACGUCAUUUUGUUUUUCAAUGUACAUGUAUACAAAUCAGCAAGGAUGACUCUUGUCUCAGUAUUUUGUUCAUAUCCGCUAAUUUUGCAAAACUGUUUUGAAUACAGUUAUAAACUAAAUUAAGAACUAUUUAUAUAUAAAAAUGUUAAACACAGUUUGUGAUUUGUAUAUUAUGUAUAUAAGGCAUUGUACAAAUUAUUUUUUAUGAAAGUUCAUCAACUCAGUGAAACGGUUUAUCAAAUGAAUGUAAUUUCUUAGAUUGUUAAGUUUUGUAAUUGAACAAAAAACUGAAUAAACAGUUGUUUUAACCUGA